GCGGAGGAGGGAGGGCCCUGCAGUCGCUGUUCUCUGGCAGAAACCCCGUAGUGCCGCACAGCAGCGCCAUUCGGUAACUGCAACAGUAUCCAAAAUGGCAGGAGCUGAUGGAGACGAUUCUCUUUACCCUAUUGCGGUUCUCAUUGAUGAACUGCGAAAUGAGGAUGUUCAGUUACGGCUGAACAGCAUCAAGAAAUUGUCCACUAUUGCUCUGGCCCUUGGAGUAGAGAGGACUCGCACUGAACUCCUUCCUUUCCUCACAGACACUAUCUAUGAUGAGGAUGAGGUGCUUUUGGCCUUGGCAGAGCAGCUUGGCAAUUUCACUAUGUUGGUGGGAGGUCCUGAGUAUGUCCACUGUCUCCUGCCUCCACUGGAAAGCUUAGCUACAGUGGAAGAGACAGUAGUCAGAGACAAAGCUGUGGAGUCCCUGCGGAAGAUAUCUCAGGAGCAUUCUCCAGUUGACCUGGAGGUCCAUUUUGAGCCUUUGGUCAAACGGUUGGCCAGUGGUGACUGGUUCACUUCUCGCACAUCUGCCUGUGGCCUCUUUAGUGUCUGUUAUCCCCGUGUCUCCAGCACUGUCAAGGCUGAGAUCCGACAGCAUUUUCGCACCUUGUGUUCAGAUGACACUCCUAUGGUGCGCCGUGCUGCAGCAUCUAAACUCGGGGAGUUUGCCAAAGUCCUGGAGCUGGAUUAUGUAAAAAGUGAUAUAAUUUCUCUCUUCACUGCUCUGGCGUCUGACGAACAGGACUCAGUGCGGCUGCUUGCAGUGGAGGCAUGUGUCAGUAUUGCCACCCUGCUGCCUCAGGAGGACCUGGAGACCCUGGUGAUGCCAACCCUGCGCCAAGCAGCAGAGGACAAGUCCUGGAGGGUCCGCUACAUGGUGGCCGACAAGUUCUCGGAGCUCCAGAAAGCAGUGGGGCCAGAGAUCACCAAGAAUGAUCUGGUCCCUGCCUUCCAGAAUCUUCUGAAGGACUGUGAAGCUGAGGUCCGUGCUGCUGCAGCCAACAAAGUUAAAGAAUUCUGUGAGAACCUCCCGGAGGACAAUCGUGAGCAAAUCAUCAUGACUCACAUUCUGCCCUGUGUAAAGGAACUUGUUUCAGACACCAACCAGCAUGUGAAGUCAGCCCUGGCCUCAGUCAUUAUGGGCCUUUCAACCAUCCUGGGCAAGGACAACACAAUAGAGCACUUGCUGCCUCUCUUCCUGGCUCAGCUCAAAGAUGAGUGCCCCGAGGUGCGUCUCAACAUCAUCUCCAACCUAGACUGUGUGAACGAGGUGAUCGGCAUCCGUCAGCUCUCCCAGUCACUGCUGCCAGCCAUUGUGGAGUUGGCCGAGGAUGCCAAGUGGAGGGUCCGCCUUGCCAUCAUAGAGUACAUGCCCCUGUUAGCAGGACAGCUGGGAGUGGAAUUCUUUGACGAGAAGCUCAACACUCUUUGUAUGGCCUGGCUAAUUGACCACGUGUAUGCCAUCCGUGAGGCGGCCACCUGUAACCUAAUGAAGCUGGUGGAGAAGUUUGGAGCUGAGUGGGCUCAGAACACCAUUGUACCCAAAGUGCUGGGCAUGGCCAAUGACCCAAAUUACCUCCACAGGAUGACAACUCUGUUCUGCAUCAAUGCUUUGUCAGAGGCAUGUGGCCAGGAGAUCACCACUAAACAGAUGCUACCAGUGGUCCUCAAAAUGUCCAAUGACCAAGUGGCCAAUGUCCGCUUCAACGUGGCCAAGUCCCUUCAGAAGAUCGGCCCUGUACUUGACAGCAAUACUCUUCAAACAGAAGUGAAGCCAGUGCUGGAGAAGCUGGCCUCAGAUUCAGACAUGGAUGUCAAGUACUUUGCCCAGGAGGCCAUCAGUGUUCUGGCACUAGCAUAACCAACCCAACGUGGCCAAACCCUGACAACCACCCAAAUCAACAACACAAACUCUUCUACAAGAUAAUUUAUUGCUGUUCAGGAACAACUGGUUCAUGUAUAGAGAAAUGUGUUAACAAUUGUUUUAUCCUCUUAGUUCUUUUCUCUCUUUUUUAGUUUGGUUUUACUGUCCAAUGGUAGUCGGUGUCCAGGCAUAGCACAGGCUUCUUUGUUAACCUUCCUCUUUGCUGUAAAUGGAUGCUUCAAUAAAGAGUGAUGAUAUUGCAUUAAGUGGUGCAUGCUGACUAAUGUGCUGCUGUACUAGUUAGGCAAUGCUAACCAGAGCCCCUCUCACAUUCCUCCCUCUCACAUCCUCAGCCACUGUUGUACUGUAGCCACGGUCAUUGGAGCCUACCAUGUCUUAUGUUCACUGCCUAGCACGUAGGGCCAUGCUGCUGCACGUUUCUCCCAGUGCUAGACACAAACUUUGAGCAGCAGAUGGUGCAACAAGCUGUUUGUUUAGCUGAGCUUCCUUCCCGAGUCAGCCCAGAGAGAGCUCUCUUCCCGGAGAUGCUGGCAUGGCUCUACGGAGAACUUAUUGAAAGGUCCGUGCAGGUCUAACAGGCUUUCUUUCCACAACACACCAAAUCUGUUGUCUCCUGAAUGACUCAUACAAUUGUUCUGACGGCAACAAAAAAAUAAUGGUGUACAUUACUGCAUGUAAUCUCAUGAACUCUCAAUGAUUGCACAUAUUAAUCAGAUGUUAUUCUCUGCAGCAACAGAGGUUGAGUUGGUCAAACAAAUAAAUUACCUCAGCCAAAAGUAAGAGGGAGUCGUAAAGUGUUCAUAAUUUUCCCUCCUUCAGAUCCUCAGUGUUUUUGUUGAUGUGCGAAGGUUGGGGGGUAUUAGUCACUUGUGAGUUUCUGCAAUAUUUCUCAGCAUUGCUCUUAAUCUUUGUGCCAAUGGCUUCAAUAAGCAGUGGUUGUGGGUUGUUUUGUUUUUUUUUCUAUGCUUGGGUGAACAAUUUUCACCUGUCCUGUUCUGUGAUGAGAUAACAUUGUUCUUUUCUGUGAGGGACACUUUAUUCCUUGGACGUUAAUGGGAUUAUAAAACUAAAUUGACUGCAGCUAUCAGUGCUGUGGGAUUAACAGCACCAUGGCACUCCCAGAGCCACCCAGUUCUUGAAAUCCAUGCCAAGCCCUCCACUGUACAUGAGAUUUAAAGCAUAAGGUCAGAGAACAUCAAGGGCCACCCAGGAAUCUCUGCUUACAAAUCUCUGCAUGAUGGAGAACAAGUGCAUGUAUUCAAAAGAAGUGGGGGGGACGUGGAGUGUGUAUACGCAAGGCUGUUUUAUUGUGGGAUGGGAGCUGGGCUGGUAAUGGGCGGGUUGAAUAAAUGUAUCAUCUGUGUUGAUAAAAGAAACUUUUGUCUUUCCCUGAGCUACUUGGCUGUUCCCCUGCCCUCUCCCCUCCCUUCUCAUUUUGUUUUCCUGAGUAAACCUUGUUUGUUGCUUGUCCUGUAUCACAAAGAGUGUGCUUUUAUUUUUAUUUUGAAUUCUCUCCACAAUUGGGAUGCUGUACUACUGUAUCUUGAUCUGAAUAAAGUUAACACAAAGGAA